GAUCAACUUCGACUCUCUCUUCUCUGCCUCGAAGCUCUUCGGAGCAACUUCUCUACAGGGCGAAGAUAAAUAAGGUUAGGGCAAGUUUCAGACGACACAAUCUGCUUCGACAAUCUGCAGGGCGCAGCCUCCGCUAUCGCCUCAGGGGACAAGGGCCUCACAUUUGAAAUUUCGCCUAGGGCCUCUCAAGCGGCCCUGCUUCUCUACAGCCAUGCCGAAGCACUAUAGGCCUCCGGGAAAGAAAAAGGAAGGGAACGUUGCAAGAUACAUCACUAGAACACAGGCUGUAAAAUACCUACAAGUCAGUCUAUCGCUCUUCAGGAAAUUAUGCAUUCUCAAAGGCGUCUUCCCUCGGGAACCGAAGAAGAAGGUGAAAGGAAAUCAUCACACCUAUUAUCACAUGAAAGAUAUUGCAUUUCUUAAACAUGAGCCGUUACUCGAAAAGUUUAGAGAUAUGCGGGCAUAUGAUAGAAAGGUGAAGAAAGCUUUCUCAAAGAAGAAUAAGGAUCUUGCUGAGCGUCUACUGACUCGCCAGCCUACUUAUACCCUUGAUAUGCUUAUACGAGAGAGGUACCCAAAGUUCAUUGAUGCACUAAGGGAUUUGGAUGAUUGUCUCAGUAUGGUACACCUUUUUGCUGCAUUACCUGCUAUAGAGAGAGAAAAAAUCCAAGUGAAACGUAUCCAUAAUUGUAGAAGAUUGAGCCAUGAAUGGCAGGCCUACAUAUCUCGUACCCAUAAAUUGCGGAAAACAUUCAUAUCUGUGAAAGGCAUUUAUUACCAGGCUGAGGUUGAGGGACAGAAAAUAACUUGGUUAACUCCUCAUGCAUUGCAACAAGUCUUGCCUGAAGAUGUUGACUACAAUAUCAUGCUCACCUUUUUGGAAUUCUAUGAGACUCUCCUUGCUUUUGUGAAUUUCAAACUUUACCAUUCAAUUAAUGUGAAAUAUCCACCAAUUCUUGAUCCUCGGUUGGAAGCUUUAGCAGCAGAUCUUUAUGCACUGUCAAGAUACUUUGAUGCUAAUACCAAGGCCACCGCUAUGGAAUCUGAAGCUGUCAGUUUGUCUGGAUCUGAGCAAAUUGAGAUCAAGGAUAAGGGGACUGAGCUUCAUGAGUCUGAACUUAGACUGGCCCAGCUACAACAUCAACUCCCUUCCAAUGAACCUGGUGCAUUGAUGCAUCUUGUUGAAGAUGCUGCUGAUGAGGAUGAAGAUGAUGAAGAAACUAGAGAGUGUAAAUCUCUCUUUAAGAAUGUGAAAUUCUUCUUGAGUCGCGAGGUUCCCAGAGAGUCUUUGCUUUUCGUCAUUCCUGCUUUUGGUGGUGCUGUUUCUUGGGAGGGAGGAGGAUCCCCGUUUAAUGAAUCUGACCAAACCAUUACUCAUCAGAUUGUUGACAGGCCAACUCAAGGCCGCAGGUUCCUUUCCAGAGAAUAUGUUCAGCCACAGUGGGUUUAUGAUUGUGUAAAUGCACGGAUCAUAUUGCCAGUUGAGGGUUAUAUGGUAGGAAGGGUUCCUCCACCACAUUUAUCACCAUUUGUUGACAAUGGGGCGUUAAAUUAUUUUCCUGAGUACGCAGAGACCAUAAAACGGCUGCAAGCUGCUGCUAGAAAAGAAGUCCUCCCAAUGCCAGGUGUGGGAAUGGAAAAUUUGGAUGAUCCUCAGAAUUUAUUGGUUGAAGGUAUUAUCAACAGAACAGAAGCAAUUGAAGCUGCUGAGAAAAAGAGAAAGAUGUCAAAUCUCCAGAGGCAGUAUCAUGAUGAAUUGAAAAUGGAACUUCGAGGUGAACGGUAUCCUCCUGUUUUAAAUGUGGAUAACCAGAACCCUGUUGAGGAUACAGAGGCUAGCGAUGAAUAUCUGCCUGAUUUGCAACAAAUUGCUGAGGAUAAUGACAGUAUGUCCAAGCUUCUAAUGUCGCGUGCUAAGAGGAACCUCUUUGAAGCUAUGAAGAUUGGAAAAAAGCGGGAGCAGUCUAAUGUUGAGCUUCUGAAGAAAAGGAAGAAGAGAAUUAGUGAAACUAAGAAAUCCAAAUAAAUUCGAAGCUAGUUGGAUAUUUCAAUUUUGUUGGUAACCUUUUGAUUCUUGUGUUUUGUUGGUAAUCUUUCAGUCAAUUUUCUUGCUUUCUUCCAUGUUGCCAAUUAGGAUAUUGAUUGGGUAAAAUUUUGCUAUGUGGUGUGUACCAAAUAAUUUAUUAAAAUUACUAUAUUAAUGUUAUAGUUUUUAUUAA